AUGGUCACACCUUGCAUUGGCGCGCUUUGCCCUCAGGCUGGCCCCAACGCUGCUGCCAACGGACCUGCUUAUAACGAGGCAGCUGUUAACGAGUCCGGAGAGCCUGCCGCUGAGCAUGGCACUGACGAUUUGCGCGCGUGCGAGCAUAAGCGUGCACAAACGCGGGCGGAUGGGGGGAAUGAGCGCAUGCAAGCGCAUCAGCUUGUGGCGAGUACAAAGUGUACCUGUGGGCAUGAGCUUGUGCGUGGCUGUAAGGUUGCUGCAGGGACGCAGAGUGUUGAAGGGGAGGGCGCACAGGGGGAGGGCGCAAAGGGGGGGAGCUGCGGUGGCUGUGGUGUGCAGGCGGAUGUGUUGGCGGAGCUACUGGGGGGAGGCCUGGGGAAACUGAGCGCAGGGGAAGUGGGGGAGGCGGGGACGAAGAGAGAGCGGGAGAUUGCUGGGAGGGGUGGAGAAGGGGACGGGAAGGGGGAAAGCGAGAAGGGGAGGGGCAUGGGGAAUGCGGUCAGUCUGGCUUGUGGGAUUGGGGGAGGGGGUAUUGUUCCAGGGGUUGGGGGCAAGGGUAAUGUGGUUGGGAAGGAUGAGGAGAGGCUAGGUGAGGAUGGGAGAGGGGGAGGGAUUUUCGCUGCUGUAGCAGCACCACUAGUUGCAGCAGCAGCAGCAGCUGUAGCAGUGAAACCAGCAGCGGCAGCAACAGCUGUGUCAGCAACAACAGCAGGAGCUGGGGCAGCAGCAGGUGCAGCAGCAGCAGGGUCAGAACCUAUGGUGACAGCAGGAGUGGGAGAGGAAAGCAUUGAAGGACUGUGGCAUGGGUGGGACGGCGAGGGGCAGGGGGGCGGAGAAGGGAAGAGGAGCGAAGAAGGGAAGGGAGGGGGAGAGAAGAAAGGGGGCGCAGAGGGGAAGGGUGGCGGAGAAGGGAAUGGAGGUGCAGAGGGGAUGGGGGGCGGAGUGCACGAGAGGGUGGAUAGUCCGAGGGGGGAUGUGAAGAGGAGGGAGGUGCGGUGGAAGGGUAGGGGUGUGGGCGUGGGGGGGACGAGUUCUGCGAGUAGGGUGAGGGGCGGCGAGGCGAGUGAGGGGAGGAGUGUGGGCGUGAACUUGUAUGAAAGGGCAACCGCAGCUGACUUUGUCAACAGGAAGCAGAUCGGCUCUGGACGGAAUGCAGUCGUGUAUGCGGCCUCGUGCGCUAUAACGGGUCGCAAGGUGGCUGUUAAGGCGUACGUCAAGUCAGCUCUAAGUGCCCUGGACCGGCACAGGAUCAACCGAGAGGUGGCACUGCUAAUGACUCUUAACCACGAGCACAUCAUUCAGUGGCUGGGUCACUUCGAGGACGCCCAGUGCGUGUACAUAGUGCAGGAGUGGGCGUCAGGGGGCGACCUGUUUGAAGAGCUGAGGGCGAGUGGGGGGCACAUGGGAGAGGCGCGCAUAGCCAAGCACAUCCUGCUGCCGCUGAUCGCAGCACUGCACCACAUGCACACCAGAGGAGUGAUGCACCGGGACUUGAAACCGGAGAACUUGCUGUUGACAUUCCAUGGCACUCUCAAGGUGUGUGACUUCGGUCUUGCCAUCAACAUGAAAGAAGAGCGCCCUGCCAGCCGCCUGGGCACCCUUCAGUACAUGGCGCCUGAGGUGGUGCAGAUGGCACGAGGGCAGCGCGGGCGAGGGGGGCAGGGCAGGAGGGGCAAGGGGGAGGAGAAGAGAGGCGGGGCGGAGAUACCAAAGGGGACGGCAGCAGCAGGGCAGGGGCAGGUGGUGGGUGGUGCGGGUGCUGUCAGUGGUAUGGAGGGAAAAAAUGGCGCUUCUCCGAUGCUUGAGGGGGCGUAUGAUGAGAAGGUGGACAUAUGGGCAUGUGGAGUGCUAGUAUACGAGCUGGUGAUGGGCCAUCCACCCUUUGAGGGCACAUCAGACAUGCACACAGCAACCAACAUCAUGCACCGCGAGCUCGUUCCCGAUGCUCUGCCCCAUGGGAUGUCACCUGCAUGCAAGGAUUUUAUCUGCAAGGGCACUGCCGGGGGCGGCCGCUUUAUAAGGAGGAUCACCACCAGCAUCACCCCCUCGCACUCUGACGACCUCCCUGCCUAG